AUGGAUCCGAACAACACUGCAGGAGAAAAGGAACAUUGGCCGCAAGGUGAUCUGGUCGUCAGAAGGUUCCUAAGUCUCAUCAGCAAGUGCCACCCAAUCGACAAUGGGGAUCCUUACCUUGGGUCCAGGACCAUUCAAGAAGGUUUUCUAAUCGAGCAAGUCAACAUGGAAAAAGAUCUCUUGACCGAGCUACGCUCAGAUCUUCUACCGCAACUGGGCCGCCAAAUUACAGACCUUGUGCCGCCACUAGAUCCAGCUCGGUUGAAGGAAGAUCCAGGUUUACAACUCCGGAUCGUCUCGGGAAUCCAAGCAGAGCUCGAGCAAACUUUACAGCAAAUUCGAUCGGCACUUUCAAUCCUCUGUCCAGACCCACUACCAUCGGAAAGAAUCCGAACCAAUGAUCAACAUCUCGACGGACUCAAAUCCUUUCGAAGAGAGGGCUUGCACUAUCGGAUAAUAGAAGAAAUCCUGCCAGACGUCAUGUGUCUCUUUCACCAAUCCGAGACACUUAUUCUCCAAAUGAAACUCUCGACAAACAAGGCCUUGCAAUAUCCUUGCAUAGCUGUCACAAGAGAGCAAAUAAUUGAAUAUGCAUCCUCAGCUUUGGAGGGAAUCCAAGGGGGGAUCCAAUGGCUAGAGGGAUCUGAGUUCGAUCUUGUGCAAUAUGAUUGGCCGAAUGAGAUAUGUGGUAUGGAUGAGCAACUGGAAGAGCUCUUGGAACUGAUCAAUGGAACCACACACUUGAAAGAAAGCAGUAGAAUACCUGGCCCGCUCAGUGAUUCUGUUGUCCAGCUGUCUAAAUCGCUCUUACCGAUCCUCAAACUGUCCAGACUAUUCUUCAACAAAUUAUCAAAACAAGGAAUGAACAGAAAACGACUCUCAUUGUACACUGAAAUCCGUUCCGACCAGCUGGAUAGGCUAUGUAAGCUAGCUGGAAACGUCAAUCGCGAGUUAGAUGCGGUUGCGGCUGUAUUGAGGACGGCCGAUAGAUCGGACGGCCGGUUCGCUCGUCCCGCUUGCACUCAAAUAGUCGGAGCACUCGAAGCUCAUUUUGAAUCAGCUUUACUCCUUCUUUACCUUUAUUUCCUUCCUCUGAUCCCAGAUACCGAUGGUUUCCCAAUUCAAAACUACUUCAAGGCUUGGUUUGCUACAUGGCACACUCAGUUUGGUUUAGUCAUCCAAAACUUGAUAGCCACUGCCAGAUUAUUCGAUGAGGACGCCUUAUAA